GGCCGCCUUCCUGCCAUUGGGAGCCGAGCUGAGGCAGCCGCAGUUGGUCCCGCUCCGCCGCCAUGAGCUUCUUGUUUGGUAGCCGUUCUUCUAAAACUUUUAAACCAAAGAAGAAUAUCCCCGAAGGCUCCCAUCAAUAUGAGCUGCUGAAACAUGCGGAGGCCACUCUUGGAAGUGGCAACUUGCGGAUGGCUGUGAUGCUGCCUGAGGGCGAAGAUCUAAAUGAAUGGGUUGCAGUGAACACUGUGGACUUCUUCAAUCAGAUCAACAUGCUUUAUGGGACAAUUACAGACUUCUGCACAGAGGAGAGCUGCCCGGUGAUGUCUGCAGGUCCAAAAUAUGAGUACCAUUGGGCAGAUGGAACAAACAUAAAGAAGCCAAUCAAGUGUUCAGCACCAAAGUACAUUGAUUACCUUAUGACUUGGGUUCAGGAUCAGCUGGAUGAUGAAACGCUAUUUCCAUCUAAAAUAGGUGUUCCUUUCCCAAAGAACUUCAUGUCAGUAGCCAAGACCAUCUUAAAGCGUCUCUUCAGAGUUUAUGCUCACAUCUAUCACCAGCACUUUGAUCCAGUCAUCCAGCUUCAAGAAGAGGCACAUCUCAACACAUCUUUCAAGCACUUUAUCUUUUUUGUUCAGGAAUUUAACCUUAUAGACAGAAGAGAACUUGCUCCGCUCCAAGAACUGAUUGAAAAACUCACUUCAAAGGACAGAUAAGCAGAAAUGGAUUUGUGCAAAUCACUUGUUUCUUUAAGCAGGCAUGUGGUGUUUUAGGGAUUUGGGCUGCAAUUCUCUACACACUAACUGAGAUCCAUGAGACCUACUCCUGAGUAAGUGUGUGGAGGUUUACAGCCUUUUAAUUUUUUUGUUUUUAGAAAGAAAAGGAAACUUGUUCUGUUUUUACUUGGGCAACCUAGAUCCAUUCUCUAUGCUUUUAUUAGAGGAAGUCCUUUACCUUUUAGCGACACACACACAGUAAAUGGCUUUCUGUUAUUGUUCAUUGUGAACUUUUUUUAAAAAAAUAGCCGAUGUCAUUUGUUUAUAAAAGGAGAAAAAACAUGCUUGUUGAGAAAUGUGACACUGCUGGUUGUAUGGGUUCUGCAUUGCCAGUUGUAGCCCAUUCUCAGAAGGUCCUUAAAGAGACCUUAACCUUCUCUAAGUGCCUUGGCAGACUCUCUCUUCUGAGGUACAAAGCACAUACAAAGAACAUUGCUGGAAACAGAAAACACAAAUUCCUACCCAGGACAUUUACUAACACUUGAGAUAUAUAUAUAUAACUAAAUAUGUGUAAAACUUAAAAAAAAAAAGCCAUAACUUCUGUCGGUGAUCUCCAGCUUUUAAUACAAAGCAAAGCCUUUAGAGAUGAUUGUAGGCUUUGGAAGGGAGCGUGAUAGAGGGGCUCAUUUUUUAUGUCCUGCUCAGAAACUCACCCAAUAAGUUUUACAUCUGUGGAGGACCAAGGAUAACAUGGGGUUGACCACUUCUUUGUUGCUUAUAUUUUUUUCUGCAAACAUUAACUUUCAUUUAGAUCAGCCAGCAUGGUUAUUUUGAUGGUUGGUGUAGGUCAAACUAUACCGUAAGCUUUCCUAUCAAAUAAAUCAGCAGUCUGGCAGGAGUGUGAAGUAAAAAACAAACAGCAAAGUCAAUCACAGGGAACAGCAGUAAUGAUAACAAGGAAACUUUUUUUUACUUUUAAAUCAUCCAUAGUCAUUUUAAUGCUGGAGUAGGAAGCCCACUUGACUGAGGAGCAUGGGUUCCUCGGUUCUUUUUAUAAAUGGUCUCAAUCCAUUUUCUCAUGUGGAACACUUGUCAUUCCAUUCAUCCUGAGCACAUAGUCCCUUUGCGUUGUACAUUCAGUAAGCACAUCAAUUUUCUUCUCGUACAGAGUACAGCUGGACUUUGUUUUUGUUUUUGCAUUUAGAUGUCUUGGUUUAAUUUUAGUCAGACUAAUUUUGAUGUAAUUUUGUCGCUCUUUCUUUGUCUAUUUUUUUCCUCCUUUCACAUGAGGAAAAGAGCCAGUAUCAUAUAACCAGACUUCUAGAUGGUUUAUAGACCACUAUUUGGAUGUUCAUGGUAGAAUAUUGAGAAACUCGGGACAUUUCAUUCUGAGAAACUGAGAACGUGCGACAUCUCUCUGUUUCCCACACUUGUUCUCAGGUUUUAUUCAGAGUUCUGUGUACAAACAGAUUUGACUGGUUUGACCAGUUCUCUGAGUAUAUAGUGAUAAAGCAUCAUAACUUUCACCCUUUCCAACACAAUUUGCACAGACUGACUGAAAGCCAUGAAUUGGUCUAUGUAGUCUCAAAGAGGUCUUCAUCCUUGGAUGAAGAUGACCUGAAAACCACUUCACACAUUAGCAUAUUGAUGACUCACACAACAACCUCCCAUAGCAUGUGUUUGCAGUGUCUAUGAGAUUACAUACACAAAAUGGGCUUUAAGCAUUACACUGUUAAUAGGCAUACAACAUAUUCUUGAGCUUGAGGGAUGGCCUUUAAUUAUUAGUAACUCAGUCACAAACGGAAAAAACAAGAAUUGCUGUAAUCAUUAUCUAGCUCUCUUUAAUUCAUGCUCUUGACCUUGAAAAAUUAGGUAACCUUUGAUUGUAGCUGUUGCAGGGAGAAUAAUAAAUCUGCAUACAGAUCUAGCAAAAUUAAUAAUCGGCAAUUUGGGUCAUAUUUAAUACACAUCCAUGACCCUGCUUUUUUCAUAUACCAGUUUUGUCUGUGCUUGAUUUUAGAAGUCAGGUUCACAAUUCUGAAAUUGAAAAUCCCAUGUGUUUUUUUUUAAUUAAGUUUGGAUGUAGAGAUAGUUUUUAAGUAGUGAUAAUUAUUAUUUAAAUGCCUUCCUCAUCUAGCAAUUUUAAUAUCUCACAAAAGAUGAGUUCUUUAAAAAACAAACAAAAAAAACCCUGCCACAUCUCCUGUACAAAUAAGUUUGGAUCUAGGAACUUUGAAUAUAUAUUUUUGGGAGUACUUACUACCUUGGCCAUAAUAUUUGGAUCACAUAAUCUUAGGUCUUCAAAUAACAUCCUUUUAGAGACUGUGGUGAAUAUGGAUACGGAUAUGAACAGGGUGUAUUCAGUUUCAAGUACUCAUUGGGGAAAAGUAAUCAUUAAAACUGUUGGUUUGCUUUCAUUGCUGACUUCCUCAUUGGAUAAUAAAAGCUUGGAGAUCACUGUCUGAGAAUGCUGUUGGUUAAAUUUUGCUGAGUGCAUUAAACUUGAAGACAAAAGCAUUGAAAAUAUGAAGACAGUGUUUAAUCUGAGUAUUCCUUAUUUGUAUUGCAAUGGGAAUUGUUGGGUUAUUUUUUGUGGUCUUGAGAAAAUUAUUUACUGUUUAAGGGUGCAUUAAAAUGCUAAUCCAAAAGUCUUCUGAUUUUUCAGCUUAACAAAGUUCUUGAAAGCUGAACAUUACAGUAUCAUACAAAACAAAAUCAGUUUGGAUCAGGAUUUUAAUUUUAAAGGGAUACUCUGUCUAGAUUACUGGAUUGCUUUUUUAUAUCAAACAUUGGAUAUUCGGGCCUGGUGAACACUAGGAACUGACUUUUUACUUACAGCCAGCGAUUUACUAACACCAUUUUCCUUCCGCUGUGAAGGAAGAGCCUUAGAGCUUCAAAAGGCUGAACUGGCUUUGCUCUUACUUCAGCUACCAAUCCUUGGUGAUGUAGUUAAUAACUUCAAGAGGUAAGCUACCUCAAUUUGAUGAGACUGGGCAGUACUGAUGGCCAUAAAAGUAGAUGCAAGUCCAUUAAAACCAGUUGUGUUAUACUUUCUUAGGCCAGUAAUUGAUUUGAUCUGGAGACUUUUACAUUAUUAGGACAGAACUUUAAAAUUCUGACCAGAGAAAUUGUAUGUCUUCUUUGCAUAUUCACGUCAGGGAUCCAUGCUAAUUGCAUAAGUAUAAAAAUGUCCCAUAUUCUACUGUUAGUGGUAGCUGGGCUUUAGAGAGAACAACUUUCAAAAGGACAAAUAGCCUUUUUGCAAGUGCAUGUCAAAUUUUCUUUUACUGCUUACUAUGCAAUGUAGAAUUCUGAAUAUUUGUAGUUACCUUAAGAUAGAAAAAACAGAGUCUCUGUUAAUAUUUUGGAACUGAAAUCUCUCUCUCAAGCUCCCUUCCACAGGCAAAAGGCCAAUUUGCUGCUAUUGACUCUUAUCUUUUAGAAUUUUCCUUUAAUUUCCAUAAACCCUUGCCUUGGUUUGCUAUAUGAAGUUGUAAUUUUUAAAAUAAUCAACACUUUUGUUUGGGGAAUAUCUUAAACCAGCUGACUCUUAUUCUUACCCCUUGGAAUACUAUAUUGUAGAUGAAAUGCCAGUUCUCUUAUUAUUAAAUCGUAACAUGAAGGUGGACCUGCCAAUUUUUCAACUGCGAUGCUCUCAUAGUGCUUAUUUUGGCAUUGUAUUUCUUUUAAUAGUUAAGACAUAUUUGGGUUUUCUAGAUGCCUUUCUAGAACCACUAGCCACUUUAGGAGUAAGAUAUUUACAUUUAUGUCAAAGUUUAGCUGGUAUCUUAUUUCUGUCAGUCGUACACACAAUUUCCUUUUUUGAAAUAUAGUUCCUUCCUAAAAUUGCAAAGUAAUUCAAAUUUUAAAAUGCUUUUGUUUGCUUGUAUUUCUUCCCUCAAGAGCACUGCCCUUUCAAUAGUUUUUCAUAGAUUACUGUAUUUUUAGGGGAAAUUAAUUUUUUAUAGCCACUAAACUGUAUUCAUUAUUUUUGUACAUGUGCAACUAGGUCAUUUGGGAACACAAAUCUUUUGAAAGGUUAUUUGGUUCCAUUUUUAAUACAUUUAUUCACAGAUACCGUGUUGCUAAAUUUUGCCAUCAGAAUUGAUACCUCUGACAAGCAGCCGAGAACAAAAAGGCUUUACAAAAUAUUAAUCACUGGUAGUCCUGGUACAUGCAGACUGCAGACAGAUUCACUUAAUUCCUACUAACUGGCAGGGUCUUAAAUGCAGUGAGAGGGGGAAAGAGACUAGGAAAAAUGUAGAAUCUCUAGCCUGGGCUCUCCAGACAGUACGUGAUGGGUUCCUUGAUGUGGGCUGCAAAGUGCAUCUGCUAUGGCUGCAGCUUCCUGUCUGAAUGAAGGAAGUUUUAAACUGACAGCAGAACAGAGCAGUCAAGCGUUUCUAGAUUGCACAACUUGAGGCUACAGUUGGUGGUGGUGAGAGACAGAUGGGUUGCAUCUUUAUGCACAAGAAAAACAGCACUUUGGGGAGAAGGCUAGAUUUGAACCCUUCUUCCUGACUGGCUUUCUAUGGGUAAGACGUUCUAUUUGUGGCAAGAGUAUUCAAGCAUGCAAUCCCAUCCUCCCACCCUGUAGUUUGAAGUAGUACAGUCCAGGAAAAGCUUUACUGUCUGAUUCUUCUAACUGAAUUAACCGGAUCCCCUUGUAUUUGGUUUUAUGCUGUUUGUGGGACUUGCUUUCAUUUAUGAGCUCACCCAACAAUACCACCACCACCACCAUCAACACCGCCACCCUAAAUCUGUAACUGAGGCUUGUUGAAUCAGAGACAAAAAGGUAUUGCAGAUGCAACCCUAGUCAUGCCUGCGUCUUUAAGUACGUCAAAGCAGCUAGACAAUAAAGGCUUAAAAUAUAAGAUGCAACACAGAGACCUGUACUGUAAGCAGACUGUGCCAAUAUUACUUCAGUUUGUAGUCAUUGAUCAAUACUUGUUUUAAAUGAAAACAGCUUUUGAUUAAAAAAAAGUCGAAUGUCUUGAAAUUCUGCAACACAUAUAUUGGAAAGAUGUAAAUACUGUAUACAGAUUGUUGUAAGUGAUGGGAUGAAAAAAUAUAUAAAUUCUAGUCUUUUUCAGUAAUGAACUGAAUGCUGUUUAUAAAAAGAAAAAUAAAUAGCUAUGUUUGACCAUGA